AUGUUUCAUCUGACUCUCAAGUCCAGUCGGCUCUCAAUAGCUGGCCUAUUGAGAUGUCAAGUGACGCAACUCCGUGGGUACUCGAAAAAGAAAAGACAAGUUAUUCGCUCUUCUCACGGGAAAACAUUAGAUGCUCAACCUACAGAGAAGAAAUCGAAACUUUUUGCAUUUGGCAACUUUGCAUCGCUUCUGAAGCCACGAAGAGAAGAACUCGAGAAGUCAGAAUCAACCAUAGAGAAGAUUGCCUCGUUUGACUCACUUCGUAUUUUCCCCACUGUCAGAGCUGCUAUGAUCAAGGAAAUCAAGCAAGGUUACAAUCUCAAAAGCACUUAUGUGAAAGACAAAGAUGAUCUCUCGAUCAAGCCGUCACCAGUGCAGAUUGCCGCUAUUAAGAAGAUUAACCAGAUGCGGAAACCUCGCAAGUCUCAAGCUCACGAAACCAACAAUUCCAUCUUGCAAGAAUUGAUCGAUGAGAAUGAGAAGAAGAAGUUGAAGGUUUUCACAAUUGCUGCUGAGACUGGCUCUGGUAAGACUUGGGCAUAUUUAGCAUCGGUGUUCUCGAAACUCAAAGAGGAUGAUGCUCAUUUGUUUUCCAGGAGUAAGAAAUUGUACGAGGACAGCAAGCAGUACGAGACUAUACGUUCGAUAAUUUUGCUUCCUACUCAUGAAUUGGUGGAACAGGUUUAUAAGACUGCGCAUGAUGCGGCCACAAUGCCAUUGGAUAUUGAGACUGAUGUGGAUGCAAAGUCUUUAGCGGCCCCAGGCUUUCGCGAGUUUCUUAAGCUCCCUGAGAACCAGAAUAGUUUGAACCUCAAUGUGGUCAAAUGGGGCUCGGGAGACUCUCAUGAGAAGCUUUUCAAUGCGUGUAAAAGAGGAAGAGUGGACAUGCUCGUGACAACUCCUUCUAAAAUUCAAGGGUUGGCCAAGUUGACGAAUAUUCCGCGUCAGUUCAGAUUCUUCAAUUUUGUGGACUACUGCGUGGUUGAUGAGGCUGACACUCUCUUAGAUGGUUCAUGGUUCAAGGAUACUGCAACGGUAUUGCUGAGAUUAACCAAGUUGAAAGAUUUAAUCAUGUGUUCUGCCACCAUUCCUAAGGACUUCAACAAGAGUCUAAAGACCAUGUUCAAGGAUGAAAGCUCGGUGAUCAAGAUCGUCACUCCUCUGAUCCAUAAAAUUCCGAAGCAAAUCGUUUUGAAGGUCAUCGAUGCAGAACAAUCUCCUUAUCAUGGCUCAAAGACAAGAUGUUUGGCACAAGCCUUGUAUGCAAUUCAUAACGAUGGAACUGAAGCUGGCUUCGUCAAGAGAAUCUUGGUGUUCGUGAAUGAGAAAAAAGACGUUGAGCCAUUGGUUGACACGCUUUUGACCAAGUAUGGACACAAGAGAACUGACAUAAUUGGUGUUACAGGCGGCGACUCCGCUUCUGAUAGAAGUGAAAAGAUUGAACCUUUCAUCCAUAGUGCCACUCCGCUCGAGGAGGACCCGGAUGGAAGCAAGAUUAAGGUCUUGGUAACUACAGACUUGUUGGCUCGAGGAUUGAAUUUCCUGGGUAUCAAGAAUGUGAUUUUGAUGGAUGUUCCCCGUAACUCUGUUGAUUUGAUUCAUAGAGUGGGAAGAACUGGCCGGAUGCGUCAGUCUGGAAGAGUUUUUGUGAUUAUAAACAAAAAGUCUAAGAAAUCGUGGAUAAAGGGAUUGCCUCGUGCCAUCAAGCACGGAGCAACUCUUGGUUAA